AUGAGGAAGAAGCUCGAUACUCGCUUCCCUGCUGCUCGUAUUAAAAAGAUAAUGCAAGCUGAUGAGGAUGUUGGCAAGAUAGCUUUGGCUGUGCCUGUCUUAGUUUCAAAAUCUUUGGAAUUGUUCUUGCAAGACCUUUGUGAUCGAACUUAUGAGAUAACCCUUGAGAGAGGUGCCAAGACCGUUAGCUCAUUGCACCUAAAACAUUGUGUGGAAAGAUAUAACGUGUUUGAUUUUCUGAGGGAAGUUGUGAGUAAAGUGCCUGACUAUGGCCAUGCUCAAGGGCAGGGCCAUGGUGAUGUUACCAUGGAUGAUCGCGGCAUCUCCAAGAGAAGGAAGCCGGUCGGUGACCAAGCGAAUGACAGCGACGAGGAAUCUAAGAAAAGCAAAACACAAGAGAUGGGGAAUGCUAAGCCUAGUGGCAGGGGUAGUAGAGGGAGAGGACGAGGAAGAGGUCGUGGUGGACGAGCAGCCAGAGCAGCAGCCGAAAGAGAGAAUCUGAACCGCGAGAUGGAACUUGAAUCCACCAUGCUGGACCAGCAACCUCCUCAAGACAGUAUCCAGAUGCAAGUGUCAGUGUCAUCACCACAAGAGAUUGAGACCAAGGAUGGCAUUGCAGCAUCAAACGUAGACAUCAAGCCACAACUCCAAACUUCAAAAGAAGGCAUUAACAUUGAUCUGAACGCUGAAUCUCUCGACCUAAACGAGACCAAGCCGGCACCAGUCGCAGCCACGGACAUAGCCACGGCUUCAGAGGAAUAUACGUGCUGGUCUAUGGAAUUAGGUCAAAUAGAUCCAGCAAAGUUUGCAAAUUUGGGUAAGGGGAUAGACGAGGAAGAGGAAGAUUAUGACGAAGAAGAAGAUUAAGGCAAAGCAGUACCAAGUAGGACAUAACUAGAGUAGCAGCAUUUAGCGGUUUGUCUAGAAAAUGCUUCUUAUGCUAUCAGAAUCUCCUCUUCCAGUUUCCAUGUAUUGUAUGAAUCCAUGAUUGCACGCCCUUUAAAAGUCUUAAUUUAUCUAUCCUUAUAUGUUACUCAAGACUUGCAUCAGAAGUUCAAAUAUCUUACAAAGUUACAUAAACAAAGAACACCUUCAUGGUUCUUGUGGUUGUAUAGUUUCC